UUGCACAUACUAAUGCACACGUCAUAGCGGCUGUCGUGGCUGUAUGGACGUACAUGUACAUAUACAUAUAUAUCUGAACACACAACUGUCAUAUUCGACGUUUGAGUUAGAACCGCUCUGACCGUUUCACAGUUCACGGCACAGAAAAAGUUUGCCUUGAGUCCCGUCAACAAGAUGCUGGAGCUAGGGUGGCUCCAUUUCGGAAUAACACAGGCGCUGUGUCUGGCGCUCUUCACUGUGGUAUUGCUAUACUUCAUUUACGGCAGAGGGAAGAGAUAUAACCUACCGCCUGGUCCCACACCGUUGCCCAUUAUCGGAAAUGUCCUCUUGUUUGCAAGAUCGAAGAAAAAUGUACCAUUGGAGAUGACAGAUUUGGCCAAAACUUACGGACCAAUAUAUCACCUUAGGUUUGGGUUCAUGAGGACAGUAGUACUAAACAACUAUGAACUAGCGAAGGAAGCUCUGCUGACAAAACCGACAGAAUUUGCAGGCAGACCGAGGUCCUAUUCAAUGGAUAUUAUAACAGAGGGUGGAAAGGACAUUGCAUUAAGCGACUAUGGCCCCACAUGGAGAUUGCAAAGGAAAAUUGCCUCAAAAGCCCUAAGAAAGUACCUGUCUGGGUCGGAACUGGAGAAGAGGGUUCAUAAAGCCUUUGGGGAGGGAGCUAUCAACGCUCUGGCGGCAGAGAAGGGACUAUUUAAUCCGCGAGAACACAUCUCUUACGCGGUAGUCAGUUUCAUCAGUGCCUUCUGCUUUGGUGAAAGCCACGCAGACAAGGAUUCCCUUGCGGUUAAGAUGUUGAAGUUCUCAGACUUUUUCCUAGAGGUAUCAGCCAAUGGUCUCCCCGAAGACUUCCUGCCGGCUCUGAGACACCUUCGCCUAAAAAAGUCUCAGAUAUUUAGAGAUUACGUCAAGGGCGUCUUGGAUGAUUUAUACAAACUAUACAAAGAACAUGAAAUCAGUUUUGAUCCAGAGAACAUCCGUGAUUUUACGGACUGUCUAAUUGCGGCAGAGAGAGAGGCUCGUACAGAAGAGGCCCCGGCAGACCUGGCCCAGCUUAGCAAUACUCACUUCGUACAGACCUUAAGCGACAUAUUUGCCGCCGGUAUCGAUACCUCCCGAUUCACACUCUGCUGGGCGAUUAUUUAUCUGGUGGCCUUUCCAGAUGUACAAGAAAAGGCAUUCAAAGAAAUUGAAAAUGUUGUAGGAACAAGUCGUCUACCUGGGAUGGAUGACAGGAAAAGCCUCAGGUACACAGAGGCAGUAUUGUUCGAAUCCAUGAGGUUAAGACCAGUCACCCCGGUGGGUGUGCCACAUGCUGCCAUAAAGGAUGAACAGCUUGGAGGCUAUGACAUCCCAAAGGGCACCAUGGUGAUGAUCAACCAAUGGGCACUGCAUCAUGACCCAGAGUUCUGGAAAGAUCCGGAAGAGUUCCGUCCUGAGAGGUUCUUGGAGGCAGAUGGAACCCCGGCUCCCAAACCAGACAACUUCCUUCCCUUCUCCAUGGGCCGACGGGUGUGUUUAGGAGAGGUGGUGGCCAAACCCGAGCUAUUGCUAAUCUUGGCCAUCUUCAUUCAGAAGUUCAGGUUCCUGAAAGCCCCGGGGGAGAAGCUCUGUCUAGAUCCUGCAGGUGGAAUCGGUGGCUUUGUCCCACAUCCUUACAACGUCAUAGUGGAGUCUAGAAACUAACAACUGUCUUUGUUUACCUUUGAUUUUGUUCAUACAUUCCAAGGCUCUGACCAUGGAACAUUGUAGGUUUUACCUAGAAUAUAAGACCUCGCUUGUAUUUUCAUGCCAUUUAAUUUGUAUUUUUUGUAAAAUAUUCGGAGGUCAAUUUGCUGUACCUGAAAAUGGAAUAUGGUGGGAGAACACCGAGCACACCCCAGGGGAAACUGGCCACCAUCCACAGGUUGCUGAGAGACUUUCCAACAUACGGCCGGAGAUGGACAUUUAGAAUGCUUUGGUCAGUUAUUAUUGUUAAAGCAGUUUUGUGAUAAAUAUUUUUUAUGAUCACUGACUAAAUAUAGUUAGGACAAUAUCAAAGAUUUCUUAGUAGCCUUCAUCAGUUGUAAAUAUUUAAUCAACAAAAUCAACACAUGAUUUUUAUAUCAAUAUGGUAAGAAUUCGGUAAUCAAUUCCCCAAGAGGAGGCAAAGGGCAUGUACUUUUAUUCUAAAUACAUCACAGUGGGUGAAGUAAUUCUUGAAACAUAAGCAUUUAGCUUAUUAAAGAAAUUUUGUUCUUCACAAUGUACAUUAGCACAAAUAUCAUACUUUUUGUUACUUACAUAAGGGAAUAUCUACACACAUGAAACUAGACAACUUUUGUACAUAAAGUAAAUGAAUACUUUCUAUUCAUUUGAUUUUGUUUACUGUGUCAUGUUUUCACUGUUGCUGUAGGGAACUUCAAACAGUAUACCAAUAAUCUGUGAACAAGACCAAAAGUUAACAUCUAUUUACAUUCAGAUUUAUUGGGCUGGUGUUUAAUGAUUUUCCACUUAGAUGGAAGGUUAUGAGUGGUGGAAAUCGGCAUGGCAGGAAUAAACCAUAGCCCUCUGCCAGGUACCUGAGGAAUUUCCUGACUUAAUGCCACAUCUGAACAGCCAGAGCUGGAUUCAAACAGAUGACUUUAUUAGUCUGACUGACACAGCAAACCAGUAGUUUAACCCUCUGAGCUUGCAAAGGUCUCAUACAUUUACAUUCUGCUCAUAAAAUUAUGAGCAUUUAUGAUAUUAUUUAUUUUGUUUGAUUUAAUGCCACACUCUAGAACUUUUCACUCAUUCAGUGCUGGUUAGUUUUAUGGCUGGAAGAAUACUGUGUUCACUGGAAUACCACCGACCUUAGGCAAGUUAAUGAAAAACUUUCCCACAUGUGAUAUACAAAUGUGUAGAUGUAAGUGUGAAAGAGGGAAUCCAUAUACCAUCUCCCUUCCUGAGAUGUAUCUGAGUACACAGGUGUAGUCUUACUGACACCUCACUCACUGACACCUCACUUCCUGAAGGUGAUCUGAGCACACAGGUGUAAUUUGACUGACAUCUCCCUUCCUGAAGGGGAUCUGAGCACACAGGUGUAGUCUUACUGACACCUCACUCACUGACACCUCACUUCCUGAAGGUGAUCUGAGCACACAGGUGUAAUUUGACUGACAUCUCCCUUCCUGAAGGGGAUCUGAGCACACAGGUGUAGUCUCACUGACACCUCACUUCCUGAAGGUGAUCUGAGCACACAGGUGUAAUUUGACUGACAUCUCCUUUCCUGAAGGGGAUCUGAGCACACAGGUGUAGUCUUACUGACACCUCACUCUGUGAAGGUAAUCUGAGCACACAGAUGUAAUUUUGACAAUUCCCUUCCUGAAGGGGAUCUGAGCACACAUGUGUAGUCUGACUCACAUCUCCCUUCCUGAAGGUGAUCUGGGCACAAAGGUGUAGUCUGACUGACACCUGACUCCCUGAGCACACAGGUGUAGUCUGACUGGCAUCUCCUUCCCUGAAGAUGAUCUGAGCACACAGCUGCAGUCUGACUGACAUUUCCCUUCCUGAAGGUGAUCUGAGCACACAGGUGUAGUCUCACUGACACCUGACUCCCUGAGCACACAAGUGUAUGUCUGAUAUCUCCUUCCAUAAAGGUGAUCUGAGCACACAGGUGUAAUUUGACUGACAUCUCCCUUCCUGAAGGGGAUCUGAGCACACAGGUGUAGUCUCACUGACACCUCACUUCCUGAAGGUGAUCUGAGCACACAGGUGUAAUUUGACUAACAUCUCCCUUCCUGAAGGUAAUCUGAGCACACAGUUGUAGUCUG